AUGUUUUUUUUUUUUCUCAUUUCACCUUUACAAAUUUCUUAUAGUAUAUAUAUAGUGCUUCAAUCGGCGUGUGUGACCCAUUUCACAAUGGGUUCCUCGUCGAAAUCUAGCGUAGACGUCGACAAGGUGCCCUAUAGUAAUGUAAUGCGUGAUAGACGACUAGCAGCGCAAAAGAAUAGAUGGCGUAUGCCCAGGGCAACUACUUUGAUGAUUCCAGCUACCCUCUUAUUCGCGAUUGGCGGUUUUUGUUACACUUACUGGUGGAAUGAUAAACGGUCAAGGGAAGGUCCUUGUAUUGAUUGUAAACGGCAGCAGGAAAUAAUGGAAGAGGUCUAUUUUAAGAAACCAGCUGUUCAGAAAGGCUACCGGUUGUAA